GGGGCCGCCGCCGCCGCCGCCGCUUGCAGGAGCCUCGACGGAGCCCGCGCAGGGGAGGGGGCUGGAUCCGACCCCCCUCCCGCCCCGGCCGCUCAGAUGAGCAGCCCCGCGCCGUGCCAAGAGCCCCCGCCGGCUCUGCCCGGGGGCCCGUCCAGCGCCCUCCCCUGGAGCCCCCCGACGGCUGCCUCGGAGACCUGGCUCGACGAGAUCUGGGCAGCCGCGGCUCUCGCGGACGACCCGGCUGCGGCCAGCGGAGAUCAGUUCUACUUCCCGGGCGACGUCCUUCCAGAUGUUGCACCCUCUGGAGACCAGCUGUCAACCCAGCUCUUCAGAAACCAACAGCUGCGAGACAUCUUAGUCCAGAAGGAGGUGGAGCUGGCUCGGCUCCAGGAGGAGAAUCAACAUCUCAGACACUUCCUCAACGCGGCCCUGGUCAAGCGGCUGGAGGAGAAGACCAAGAAGCUACUUUUCCUCCAGGCUGGCCAGGACAUCGACGGGACCUCCAAGGUUGGCAAGAGGCCCCGAAAGACCGAGAGCCGCCUUGCCCACGACGGGCGCCACCCGCCCAAGGCCAGGCGGAACCUCUCGGGCGAUUUCUCCGCCUGCGAAGAGCAGCUGGCGCCUCCCGUGGACUCCUGGGUCCUGCAGACGUUGGGGCUCAAAGACCUGGACACGGUGGACGACUCAGCUAACUACAGUGCCUCCAGCCUGGACCCUUCCCCGGGGUCUUCCCUUUGGGGUCCCUUUGGGGCCUCCGACCUGGCCGCCCCCGAGGCUCAACCUGGCGGGAGUGCCCCCUUGACCUGCCCAGUGGACAGCACUGCCAGCCCCUUCCCCUCGCCCUGCUCACUGCCGUGCCUCUCCGGCCGUCCCUCGCCAGCCAAGAUGGACGUGGCCUUCACCACCUCUCUGAGCCCCCACUGCAACGUGAAGACCCACACCUUCCGCCAAGGGCAGGCCUUCGUGCGCAGGGACGAAGACGGAGGGUGGAAGCUCACCUGGGUGCCCACCCAGUCGGAGUGAGGCCUUUCCCUCCAGCCCAGCCGGCCGCUUCCGUGCUGGACAGCCGUUUGCCCCCCACGGCCUGGGGUCUCCUGCUUAAGCAGGCAAUUGGACCGGAAGCCCUCCAAGGGCCAGUCCAGCUCUGUGACUCUUAGGUUCUACUGCCAGCGACGGAUGUGUUUACACGCAGAGGGGAAUCUCUAAAUUCCCCUCUCAAAGACCCAAGAAGCCCAUGUUGCACUGCCUUGAGAAUGGAGGAGUUAUAAGCGUAGUGAUUGUCACGAUUGUGUUGGCAACGUUCAUCCACAGCCAUAGGAAGGUUGACCUUCAGUGCCACACAUUGUGCCAGGGGCAAAGAGUGGACCAAGAGCAGGAGGUGUGGAGACGAAGAGAAGCUGCAGAGAUGAUGCCUCCUGGAUCCCUUCGGUCUUCUGCUCUGUAGAGAGCCAGGACCAUUUGGGUUCUAGAAAAAGGUUCUUGCUGGGAGGAUUUGUCAAUUGACCUAGAAAGCAUGUCCUUGACGGAGUGAACCAGUGAGAGAAGAUUAUCCCUCUUGCAUGGACUUGGAGACACCUUCACCUGCUCAGCACUAGCUGUCCAAAGUUCCACUCUUCUGACCAAGGAAGCUCAGGAGAGGACUUCUGCCUGGUACGGCUGCUAUUGUGUUAGUACCAGAAAAUGGGAGAGACACCACCCAUAAUUGGUGGAAGAAGACCUCUGCAAGAUUCAAAAACUUGCCCGUUAACUCUAAACCUCCUUGUGAAGGACCUCAUGAUGGCCACCCUCUUCUGGCUCUCAAAAGGCCAGCUGUGCUGCUUCUGCCUAUUUUUGCUGUGCCCUAAAGUGGAGCGUGUUUCUCUGCCACCCAAUGGGGAAGUCCCAUCUGCCAAAUCUUUGGAAAAAUUAGGAGAGACGUAGCUGAGGGGCUAAGAUCAAGAAGGGGAGACUUCAGAAGCUCUAGAACUUUGGAGACGUUAGGAGAGACAUAGCUGAUGAGAUAAGAUCAAGAUGGGGAGAAUUUAGAAGAUCUAGAACUCUGGAAACAUUAGGAGAGAUGUAGCUGAUGGGCGAAGAUCAAGAAGGGGAAUUCAGAAGAUCUAGAACUCUGGAAACAUUGGGAGAGAUGUAGCUGAUGGGCUAAGAUCAAGGGGUGAAUUCAGAAGAUCUAGAACUCUGGAAACGUUAGGAGAGACAUAGCUGAGGGGCUAAGAUCAAGAAGGGGAGACUUCAGAAGCUCUAGAACUUUGGAGACGUUAGGAGAGACAUAGCUGAUGAGAUAAGAUCAAGAUGGGGAGAAUUCAGAAGAUCCAGAACUCUGGAAACAUUAGGAGAGAUGUAGCUGAUGGGCUAAGAUCAAGAAGGGGAGUUCAGAAGAUCUAGAAGUCUGGAAACGUUAGGAGAGACGUAGCUGAUGGGCGAAGAUCAAGAAGGGGAAUUCAGAAGAUCUAGAACUCUGGAAACAUUAGGAGAGAUGUAGCUGAUGGGCUAAGAUCAAGGGGUGAAUUCAGAAGAUCUAGAACUCUGGAAACGUUAGGAGAGACAUAGCUGAUGGGCUAAGAUCAAGAUGGGGAAAAUUCAGAAGAUCUAGAACUUUGGAAACUUAGAGGAGACAUAGCUGAUGAGAUAAGAUCAAGAUGGGUGAAUUCUGAAGAUCUAGAACUCUGGAAACAUUAGGAGAGAUGUAGCUGAUGGGCUAAGAUCAAGAUGGGGAAAAUUCAGAAGAUCUAGAACUUUGGAAACUUAGAAGAGACAUAGCUGAUAGGCUAAGAUCAAGAAAGAGCCGAGGUGGCGCAGCAGUUCGAGUGCAGUACUGCAGGCCACUUUAGCUGACUGUGUUCAGCAGGUCAGCGGUUCAAAUCUCACCGGCUCAAGGUUGACUCAGCCUUCCAUC